AUGGGUUCGAAGGGACAGCAAGUGGACCUCAUGUCCUUGGACAUCCAGCAGCUCCUCGAGGUCAAGAAGCAACUCGAAACGGAAGUGCAGCACCUCACAUCCUCGUUCGGCCAGCUGAAAGCAGCACAAGCCAAGUUCAAGAGCUGCAUUGAGAGCGUCGCUAGCGUCAAGCCCGAGAACAAAGACAAGACGACAUUGAUCCCAUUAACUUCCUCACUCUACGUACCUGGCAAGCUGUCGGAUCUGGACAACGUCAUUGUCGAUGUUGGCACAGGCUACUUUGUUGAGAAGUCAACAUCGGACGCUACCAAAAUGUACCAAGAGAAGGUUGAGUUUCUCACGAAGAACCUCGAGCAGCUGCAAGAAACCGUGCUUCGACAGCAGGAGAACUUGCAAACCACCGUCGAGAUGAUUCGCAUGAAAGCGAGAGCCGAGCAGCAAGCUGGUGCGUCUGCGCAAGGCCGUGGUGCAGGACAGGCGUCAGCGGCGGCGUAG